ACCUUAAAAAUUUAUUCACCGUCGGUUUUGACGCACUCACGAGCACAAACAAGUCCGAAGAAAAGGCAGUCAGGGCUUGUAAGAGGGGAGCUUGAAUAGAUGACAAAUUUUUCUGUGUCGACACCUGCGCAAAUUCAAUUAGAUUUCACAAAAACGGACCCACCGAGACUCCGGACUUCCAUGGAUCAAUUUGCCGAGAUGAGCACCUUAGAAGCUGGUGCUACUAUCCCGUCAGUUCCCGUAGGAUUUCAUUCCCAUUUCACAGAGCAUGACAGACCCUCCACAUCCAAUGUUUGUCCCGACAACACCUCGCCAUCUCCCAAACGCUUUGGUGACGAAGAAGCAAAUUUAGGCAAUUUUCAUCGUCUUCGUAACUGUUCAAAAUCACAUUCGACACCUGCAACUUUGAAAUGGUUGGAGGAGAAUUACGAGAUAGCGGAGGCAGUGUGUAUCCCCAGAAGCACCCUCUACUGCCAUUACCUGGACUACUGCGAGACCAACGACACACAGCCCGUCAACGCGGCCAGCUUCGGGAAGAUAAUUCGGCAACAGUUUCCUCAAAUUACAACCCGACGACUUGGCACAAGAGGGCAGUCAAAAUACCACUAUUACGGUAUUGGAGUAAGAGAAACUUCGAAAUAUUUUGAAACGGUGUAUUCGGCCAAAGGGACCCCAAGUUCAAAUGAAGGGAAGAAGGAAAAUGUGAAACAGAUCGUUGCAUAUUCCCCCCGCUCCAAACUCGGAACCUUGUUACCGGAUUUUCCCGACAUCAAAGAUAUCAAGCUGCCAGAUGAUGUACCUGAAGAUAAGGUGCUGACUUUUAUGAUGAUGUACAGAACACACUGUCAGAGAAUCUUAGACACUGUCAUCAGAGCCAAUUUUGAUGAGGUACAGAGUUUCUUGCUACACUUCUGGCAGGGGAUGCCGGAACACAUGAUGACGAUUCUGGACUCGCAGACGACAGUUCUGUUGGUGGGAGUAUGCGACACAAUGCUGUACAAGGCCAUUGCUAAUGUGCUCAUGCCGUCCGUCCUUCAGGCGCUACCUGACAGUUUAAUUCAAGUAAUAAAAAACUUUUCACAACAACUGGACGAAUGGUUGAAGAUUGCAUUGGAUUCUCUACCAAUUGGAAUUAGAGAAGUAAAGUUUGACCUUGCCCGCCGAUUUUCCCAAAUUCUCCGUCGUCAGAUUUCCCUGAAUCACCUGUGUCAGGCGGCGAGGUCGGUCGUCCACAAUCCGGACAUUUCCGCCCAGAUGCUGGAGGACUGGAUCAGUGUGGAUCUAAGCGGCAUCAUCAAGCAGACGAUGUACACAAUGGAGCGAUACAGGGAGAAAGUAAUGGAAACUAUUGUAAAUCUGUGCAACGAGUUUGAACAACUCCUAGACGACCAGGCUCCACUACAGUCCUACACAGAAUGGCUGGACAGAAUGGUGGAUAGGUGUGUCGUCCAGUUUGCAAAGAACAGACCGGGUUCCUUGCGAAGAACGGCUCGUCAGUUUCUGUUGAUGUGGUCUUGUUUUUGUACCAGGAUAAUACGUGAUAUGACCCUCCACAGCUCUCCAAGCUUCGGGUCCUUCCACCUGCUUCACCUGAUGUUUGACGAUUACGUGUUGUUCCUGGUGGAGAAUCUGUACAGCCAGGAGCGGUCUAAGGACUUCCUGAGGCACAUCAAGGGGGAAAUCACGGACCUCACAGAUGACGAACCUUUGCCCGAUUACAGUGUACUAAAAGAGGCCUUUAUAGCGGCCGAGGCCAAAGCGGCUUCAAAUACAAUAACCAAAACUUCAGAGGGACUGAAAGUUGACAUUUUCAAGGAGAAUAUCGGAAUUGAGAGAGAAGUCAUUUCACCAAGAACAAGAUUUAUAGAUCCUUCGCAAGAUUUCGAAUGUACACAUCCAAUUGUUUUAAAUCCACAUUCGUCGUUUUUAAAACACGUUCGUCCUACUUUCGAAUCUACAUUUCCUUACGGAUCACACUGUCACACGGCUAAUACUCAGACGACAACCACACAAUCGAACAAUACCACAUCAAAUAACAGUUGUUUGAAUCAAGAUCAAAGUACUGAGAUGACUCGACAGGGCGCGUUUUUCAUGGAACUACAAGGCACAAGUCUUUCAGACAACUCCAACUUCACUCAACAAAAUGAAGAAUUUCCAUUUCACCAUUACUUAAGAAACCAACAACCUUUGCGAGGAAGUAUCAACCAGACUGUUGAGAGAGUCGCCAUUAACCCGGAAGUGGUGUCAAACUAUGGCUACACAACCGGGUACUGUUACGAUUACCACCCGCCCUACCUAUCUAAACAGAAACUACAGGACUGUUAAGUACUCGUCAUAUGACUCUAAUACUGAUGAAAUGCGAGAUUUUUUUAAAUGUAAAAAAAAAUUGAAAUAAAUUAAAAACGCCUGGAUGGCGAUGCGUGCGUGACUGAUUUUGAAAUAACCUAGUUAAUAAAUGAAAUAAAUCUAUACUUAACUAGUGCUUCUAAUUUUCUAAAAGUCAAAUGCUGAUUAUUAAUUGUUUGAGUUUUACAAUUAAAUAUGAUUGCCCACAUUUUCAUAGUUUUUUUUUAAAGUAAAUAAACCCGUAUUGUGUACUUAAUGUUAC